GGCGACACGCGAGGUAAUCCGACCCAGUCAAGGUUUCCUCCUCGGAGUCCACCUUCUUCGAAUAUGGGUCUGGCACCUUGUCAGAUAUGGGACUGCGACCCAUGGGCCUCCGUAAUUCUUCUCCUCCUCGUCAGCCACUCGGUCCUCCCAGCACUUACAGACUCCAAGUGCAACCACGUACAUCCAAAACUGGACGAAGUUAUUCAUGAUGUUCAUAUAGAGCCAGCUCAUAUAAUGAAGAAAAGGAGUAUAGACCAACCACUCCGAGUUUUCCUAUAUUGUGAUGAAAGUGUAUAUAAGUUAGAAAAAGAGAAGUUCCUACUAAUCAAUAACACAAUAUUACCAAAAGCAGUGCGGUUCUGGGAAAUGGCGCUUAUGGUAAGAAAAACUGAAAAAGUCAUCCGUUUAAACAGAAAAUGUGUAAAUAAUCAGGUUUUCUACCAUAAAAAAGAACCUUAUUCGUACUGUAAAAAUGCUUGUGAAAAUAAGACUUUGUGCGGAGAAGUAACAGUACCUGAAGAACAUUUAGAUGUUUGUAGAACAUGCAAUGCCUCAGGAUUGAGUUGUAUGGAACAUGGCACACCUGGGAAAGGUAUUACAGGAGCCGAUUUUGUAUUUUACGUAAGUGCCAUGCCAACCGAGCGGUGCAAGAAAGGGCUCACGGUUGCAUAUGCAGCUCAUUGUCAACAAGAGGCAGUACUAGACCGGCCUAUUGCCGGCCACGGGAAUUUUUGCCCCAACAGCAUCAGCACGAACCCUCAAGAGCUCGAUAUACUCUUAUCAACGGUGAAACACGAAAUCCUUCACGCUCUCGGCUUCUCGAUCAGCCUAUUCGCAUUUUUUCGAGACGCCGAGGGAAACCCGCUUACUCCAAGAGAAGAAAAUGGAAAACCUAUGCAAAACACAAAGCUGCAAGCUCGCCAGUGGAGUGAUAAAGUUAUCAAAACGGUAAAUUUAAAAGAAUGGAAUAUUCACGGCGGGGCUAUUGAACGCCAGGUUCAAAUGAUGGUAACUCCAAGGGUCGUAAAAGAGGUUAGAGAACACUUCAAUUGCUCAACAUUAGAAGGUGCAGAAUUAGAAGACCAAGGUGGGGAAGGAACCGUUCUAACACAUUGGGAAAAGCGUGUUUUUGAGAAUGAAGCAAUGACAGGCACACAUACUCAGAAUCCUGUAUAUUCUAUGCUUACUCUAGCAUUAAUGGAAGAUACAGGUUGGUACAUGGCUAAUUACUCGAUGGCUCAGCCGUUACGCUGGGGAAAAAAUUUAGGAUGCGAUUUUGUGACAAAGUCAUGCAAACAUUGGAUCGACACUAAAAGAGAAGAGGGCAUUUCGAUCCAUCCUUUUUGUGAUAAAGUAAAAGCAGAUCCUCUGAAAACCGAAUGCACAUCUGAUAGGACUUCAGUGGCUCUUUGUAACCUUGUGCAAUACGAAAAAGAAUUACCUCCAAAUUACCAAAAUUUCGACUUUAUACCAAAUGUGACAAAAGGACGAGAAGGAUAUUACGGUGGCGUUGUGAGUCUUGCUGAUUAUUGCCCGUAUAUACAAGAAUUCUCAUGGCGUGCUCAAAACAUUGUAGUUCGAGGAUCUCGCUGCCAAUACCCUGAAAAUAAUCCACACCCAGACAAAAAUUUCGCCUUGGAAGAAUAUGGCGAAGAUUCACGCUGUUUCGACCAUACCAACGAGAUGUGGGAGGAGAAAUCAUGUAAACAAUCAAAACAGUGGCAAUAUUGGGGAUCAGGUUGCUAUAGAUUUACAUGCGAUGAAGGAUUGCUUCAAAUAAUAGUCCACAAUGUUACUUACACCUGUUAUUAUUCUGGUCAAACUAUCAAUGUUCAAUUAAUUGUAAAUGGCUCACUUCACAAGGGUGCUAUAGUAUGUCCUCCAUGCCAAGAACUUUGCAAUUCCACUUGCAUAACUCCUGGCAAAAUUAUCGAGCGUCCCGUUGAAACGAAGCAUCAACUUAUUUGUGGUUCGCCUUCCUUAAUGUUGUCAUGGAUAAUUAUUUUACUAUCAUUAGCUAUUUAUAUAAUAUAAAUAAAAAAUUAUAUUUAAUAAUAAAAAGAUAAGGAUUUAAUGCAGUGUUCAGGAUGAAAAGUCCUAGAUAUUUUAAAUAAUAGAGAGAAACAUUAAAAAAAAUACCAUGACCAAAUUUGUGAUAUUUAUCAAUAAGUAAAUAUAAAUUAUUUUUGUACAGUUAUAGAAGUUUUUAAUUAUGUGACUAAUUAAAAUUCGUCACAGGUUCUUUGUAUCUAAAAUAUGCUAUGAUGUUUAAUUGUAUAUUAUUGUAACAUAAUUAGAGAUUUAUUCAGUUACAUUCCAUAAUUUAUGUUUUUAUAUCCUAAAAUAAAAAUAAAUGACUGAUCUAUUGUCACAUAAAACUAAUUCUAACCACCUUAUUUAUCCUUUAGCUUUAAUUACACUUUCUGCAUAGUUUUUUUUUUUUUUUUUUGCAUUUUGAACUCUGAACUUUUUAUAUGUUAAUAUCAAUUUAAUUUCCCAUAUGAGUUUGUAUUUCAGGCAAAAUUCUUAAUAAAUUGUUUGGCUUAAAUCCAAUAUAAAAAAAAGACUUUGGUUCACCUUCGAUCAAAUCGUGACUUAAUCAUUUGUCAUUAACCAUUUAUAAAUUGUAAAUAAUUUUUUGUAAUUAAUAGAAUAUAAUGAUUUAUGCAGUGUUCAGUGUAAAAAAAAUUAAUUGUCCUAGGUGUUUAAGUAAAAAAAAGCAUACCAUGACCAAAUAUGUGAUAUUUGUCAAUAAGUGAAUAUAAAUUAUUUUUCUAUAGUUAUAGAAUAUUUCAAUUCUGUGACUGUUUAAUAGAUCAUCACGAUUGAAAUUGAAACUCACCAUACUAUUUAUUGUACGAAAAUAUUCAAACGCUUUCAAUUGCAUUCCAAGUUUUGUUAUUUAUUAUGUAAUCAGUAUUUUUGUUUUUUCUUUUAUUUCAUAAUUAUGACAAUGGAUUUAUAUUUAUUUUAAUGGCUGUUUUUAAGUUGAGAUUGUUGCUGAUUUGAUACUUUUGUUGGUAUUAUUGCAAAUAUAAGAUUCAUUUACAGAAGGCACCUGUAUAAUUAAUUUCUUCAAAUCCCUUCUUUAAAAUAAAAAUGUAAAAAAAUAAAAUAAAAUAAAAACUGAUUCAUAACAAUGAAGAAGGGUUCAGUGACGAUUUCAUUUAUUGACCGGUAGGUCAUUUUUCUAAAUAAUUUCCAUUGCAGGCACAUUUAAUUGAAGUUUAUAAAUAUAUUCCUCACAUUAUAUAAAAAUAAGUUUAAUUUGUUGUGAGAGGAACGUUCGUAACUGCAACAGUCUUGGGAUCAAAAAGAGAUGCUACAAACCCAACAUACAACUUAAUGGGCUUUUUUCAAAAACACUGACACCCCUGAGAGUUGACAUAACUUCUGCUGUUGCAUUGAACAUAAUAACUGAAUUAUCCAGGUGUCAACUGUAUUGAUGUUUUAUAUUUAAUAGUUAAACCGCUGUUUCCAACUUUGAUUCAAAAUUGUUGUAAUAAACAGGUUACCCCGAGAGUUAACAUAUUGUUAUAAUUUGUUAUAAAUUAAUUAAUUAUUAAUUGUGCUUUACUUGUACAAAAUAUAUUUAAAAAAUUCUUCAAUAUUUAGAAAGAGGAAAAAUAAAACCUUGGCUGUUAUAAUGUCCAUAAUGAGAGAUGUUCUAUCACUCUACUAGAGUCAAAAUUGUAAAUACACAUCACAAAAAAAAUUAAUAAUUUUAAAGUAGCCCACCAAUAUUUUUUUUUUCUGUCAUUACAAAUCCAUAAUUUAAAUAACUUAAAUGUGUGUAAAUAUAACUGUAUGCCUGUGCACAAUUAUUAAUAUAUGUAUAUUUGAUUACAGUCCUUUAUAAAAUAUAUAUUUAAAGAAUAUAAAUAAAUAUCAGGUGCAUGAUGUUAUUUGACACCUGAUAACUCGUACCAUA